CCUACGGUGCAGCGGGCAGGACUCGGAGAGAGGAGUCCAUUGCGCCAGUCAGUCUGAGGCCACGAAAACGGGAGGCUGUCUCGUUCAAGCUGUGCGCGAACCGGGGACUGCGUUUAUUCUUUUCCUCGGUGUAAUCAGGGAGUGACAGAUGAUACGCGUGAAUAGUGUGGCAUGGAAGGGAAGAAGUGAUCGAGGAGCUGUGUUGGAAUGAAGGCGUGAGUGAGGGCGGCGGAGGGUGGUCAUAGUGUCACAGUCGGCCAGGCAAGGCUGAGGGAGGAGCGCUGCCACGGCCCUGCCACCCUGCCAGCCCAGCCCCUACAGCGGUGCCCCCCUGCUGGACUUGUUACUAUGAGGUGAUGCAGGUGCGGAGGUGACCAGACCACACUUAAGAGAGCUGCUGAUCUUCGUGGCUACCAUGAUGCCACAGAUGCUCUGCUGCCUCCUGCUGGGAUGGGCAUGGCUGGUCACUGGUGCUGUUGGGUGUGGCCUGUGUGUGGAGGCUGGUGAGGGUGCACAAAGCUCCUUCACCUGCACAGGGACAGUGGACAGGAAGGUUCAUUACUCAGUGGAGGUGUCCGACGAGGAGUUGCGGCUGUCAUGUUCAGAUGUGGUGGAUGUUGAUUUCUCACUCAUGAAUGGGUGUGAUUUCUCCUCAGUAACACAUGUACAGUUUCUUGGGUGCCCUCUUCCCACAGUUUCAUAUCAGGAAGUCUUGCAGAAAAUUGGUGUGCAGUCAGGGAAUCUCAUAUCAUUAACUGCUUCUGUUGUUGCCAAGAAAGGAGUGUUGACACAGCAACAUCUGCAAGGAUUAAAGGAACUACAGCUUCUGCACUUGGCUGGUAUACAUGCUGUAGCAAACAACUCCUUUACUCAGACAGCCAAGCUAGAGAUUAUAGAAAUUUGUAAUGGUACCUUAAAUGACCUACCACCAUACCUAUUCCAUAAUUUAACAAAGCUUGAGACUGUAAUGCUGCAUCGCAAUGACAUCGUAGAACUUCCACCAGAGUUGUUUUCCAGUACUCCUGGACUUCUUGCAAUCCAUCUUCAAGAAAACAACAUCAGCAGCCUUCAAGAAGGUCUGUUUAAAGGUCUGACAUUUCUGAAAACUUUGAACAUCAGUAAAAACAAGAUUGAAAAAUUGUCCAGUGGUAUUUUUUCUGAUACAUCUGCAAUGGAAACACUAGACCUGAGCAGAAAUUUAAUCUCAGAAAUAGAAACCAAUACUUUUGUAAACACAAUGGUGUUGAAGAGGCUCAACUUAGGCUACAACCAACUGAGGGCCUUGCCUCCAGGUACACUUGAAGCGUGUCAUUCUCUUGAGUGGCUGAAGCUAAACAACAACAACCUGACACAUGCUGGACUCUUCAAUGCCUUCCCUGAGGUCCCUUCUCUCAUCUACCUUGACUUGGGCCAUAAUGAUAUAACUAUUGAAGACAUGUAUAUAUUUGCACUAAAUAAUCAAAAUAAAGUGAAACAUCUGCUUCUAAAUAAUAACAAUAUAAGUGUAAUGCCAGAUGCCCUCAAUUUUGCCUUCAUCAACUUGGAGACCCUUGAUUUGUCAUGGAAUGUAUUUAAGUACUUGGAGUUUAGUGCUCUAAUAUUUUUAACAGAGUCAAUAAAGCUGAAUCUGAAGCAUAACAAAAUAAAAACUUUGGACUUCAGAUGGAGCUCUCUAUCUGUUGAGAAAAAAUUAAACUUGGCCCUGGAGGGAAAUCAGCUUGGAUGUGACUGUGAGAAUUAUGGCUUCCUCAGAGUGUUGCAAGGCAAGCCAUAUCCACUGUUAAAUGAUACGCUGCAUAUUGAAGUUGAAGACAUUGAUGAAGUUUUCUGUCAAUUCUCUGAUGGUGCUAUGGAGAAUCUGAUGGAUGUCACGACAGAGGAUCUAACCUGUCAGUUGGCAAUUGAUGACAUCUGCUCUUUUGCUUGGCGGUUCCAUGAUUCAAUGCUGAUCAUUGAUUGCUCUUACCUGAACCUAACAUCUGUUCAAUCAUUAAACUUCACCGCAUACCAGGACGACGAACAAGAUUUCACUCUUAUCUUGGCCAACAACAGCUUAACGAGCCUAGAUAGCUUGCAGAACUAUAGUAGUCUGCGCAACUUGUCCAUGGCCUACAACAAGCUCUCCUCGCUCAAUGUCUCUCACAUCCCACCUCACCUCAAGGCUCUAGAUGUACGGGGAAAUAAUCUCACCACCCUGCCAUUUGCUGUCCUAAGCCACCUCAACACAACUGAUAUGAGCCUCAAGCUGGGAAGUAACCCGUGGCACUGUGACUGUGACCUCCUUGAUCUGUUCCGAUUUCUUCAUGUCCCCUCACGCAAGGUGAGUGACUUCACACAGUUGCAGUGUGCUGAGGAUGGUGAAGCUCUGAUGAAUCUGAAUGAAAAUGAUCUCUGCCCAUUCUUUCUUCAGCCGAUGGUUAUCGUCACAAUUGUUGCCAUUCUUAUUUUCCUCAUCCUCUUUGCUGUCCUUGGGACAGUCAGUUUCUACAAAUACAAGCAAGGCAUUAAAGUGUGGCUAUAUGCCCACCACAUGUGUCUUUGGGCCAUCACUGAGGAUGAGCUUGAUGCAGACAAGAAGUAUGAUGCCUUCAUCAGCUACUCCCACAAGGAUGAAGAGUUUGUGAUGAAGGUGCUGGUACCGGGCCUGGAGUGUGGGGAGCCCAGGUACCGGGUGUGCCUCCACUACAGGGACUGGGUGCCGGGUGAGUACAUCCAGAACCAGAUCAUGCAGAGUGUGGAGGCCAGUCGCCGCACCAUUGUUGUUCUCUCGUCGAACUUCAUUGAGAGCGUGUGGGGCCAGCUGGAGUUUCGAGCUGCCCAUUCCCAGGCCCUGCAAGACCGCACUAACAGGAUUAUCGUCAUUGUGUAUGGCAAGAUUCCAUCUGAAAAUGACUUGGAUGAGAAACUGAAGUUGUACAUCACCACAAAGACAUAUGUGCGCUGGGGUGACAACAAGUUCUGGGAGAAGCUGAGGUACAUCAUGCCCCACCCUCCAGAUCUUGUACAGAAGAAGCACCGCAAGCGCAGGGACACGGACAAGCUGGAACUAUGCAAGUCCACCUCAAAGCAGGAGGUGUGCUGAACUGCAAAGAAUCUUGUGAUAAUUGGGGUCACUUCGUGUGAAUAUGCAGUCAAGACAAUCGUUGAAGACUUCCAGUGAUUUCAGUGUAUCCCCAUGGAAAUUUGCUCAUUUUUGUGAUUAAUUUUUAGGUAAAAUAUUCAACACAAAGGAUUAUAGUUAUUUCCCAAGAGACUUUGUGAUGGUAUUGGAGUUCACGGAAUUAACCCCCAAAAGGACGGGGAUGGUCGGCAAAAUAUCUCCUCUAUAGUUGAGCAUGUUUUGACAUUUUACCAGAAAUUGCUCAUCUUCCAUUAUCAAUUUCUUAGCUCUGCUUUGACCUGUAGCUUUGAUUUCAAUAGCAUUACACUUUUCCAUCCUUCCUCCUCAAUCUCCUUCAAAGUUGGUAUUGCUGUGGUGAAGUGAUGAAGUGGAGAAUUUUUUUUCGCAUAGCAGGCCUGUGACUGGAGUGGUGCAUGAGGUGGCGUGGCAGGUUGUGGCAAGUUGCUGAAUACUCAUAUGUGCUCCUUAUUUUCCUUAUCCUCAAGUAAGGAAUCUAAUGAUGAGAAACAAAAACACACAUGCUGUCAAAAGAAGACUAAGGAUUGAGGGGAGGAGUUCUGUAUUAGGUCUAAAGGCAGGCUGACACACAAAUACCUACGACAAGCUCAAAUCAAGACUGUUAAAGGCAGACCAGAAAAGUCCAUCACCCGUCCUUUAGGGCUUGAUGUCAUGAGGGUUGAAUAUGUGGUACUCACUCAAUUAGUUGUAAACAGUGAUGGCAUGCACAUGUACAGAUUUUGUAGGCUGAAAAAUGCUACAGAAAAUAGUGAAUGCAUUUUUCAAAAGUUUGGCUAGUUGAAAAUGCUGUUGUAGGGCUCGUGUGAUUCUUUAUUCGUGUUGUGGUGAGGUAAGUUGAGAGCCCAGCAAAUUUUUUUUAUGACAGCAUAAAGGCUUUUGUCUAAUGGGUGUAUUUUGGUACUGUUCUGCAGUGGAGGACUGAAUAGAAAGUUUGUGCUGGUAAGGACAACUCAUGAAAUUUUUUAAUUCCUUGCUUCUAUCAGGUAGGGUUCCUCAUUCAUGGCAGGUGUCUCAGAUCUUUGCUCUCUACUUGUCAUUAAUAGGGAAGUCAAUGGAGGGACACUGAACUAUGCCAUGUUUAUAAUGCUACUCUUGCCUGAGUCGUGAUGUCUUGAUGUGGUGUAGCAGUCACUCCAUGCACAUGACUCUAGCUGUGAGUCAUGCAUAUAUAAUUUCUUGACAAAUUCUAUAUAAUUAUGCAUUUGGGCAUACCAGGUGUGUGGGUGCGUGCGUACCUGGUGUGUGUGUGUGUGGGUGUGGGUGUAUGUGUGGGUGCGUGCGUACCUCAGGUGUGUGUGUGUGUGUGUGUGUGUGCAUACCUGGUGUGUGUGUGUGUGUGUGUGUGCAUACCUGGUGUGUGUGUGUGUGUGUGUGUGCAUACCUGGUGUGUGUGUGUGUGUGUGUGUGUGUGCGUGUGCGCGUGUGGGUGCGUGCGUGUGCGCGUGUGGGUGCGUGCGUGUGCGUGCGUGUGUGCGUGCGGCGUGCGUGCGUGAUGUAUAGCUGUAUGCCUCCUUGGAGUGGCCUACACAUUAGUAUUCUCUAUUCUUCCAUUGUGCUGUCCUCACAUUUCAAAUUACAGACUGUGAUAUUAGCAUAAAAGAUUGUACUUAUUUCUACAAAAGUUAUUAUUUUGAUGUAUAUGUUAUCUGUUAACAAAAAUUAUUAUUUCAAAGAAAGUUUAACUAAAAUUUCUAUCUCCAAAUUAAUUGUAUAUAAUUACUUUUAUAAAUAUUUACAUUAAUAGAA